CGUAGGUGACCGGACAGACCCACUCGUCCGAGUUUGCAAUUGUUCACUGUAGUGCAAAGCACCGUAGAAUCCCGCUUCUUUUAAUAAUUGAAAAUGGCCUCCACGGAGCACUAAACACUAGUUGUUUGACGCCAUUAACACUUGCCUAUGUAACAAGUAAUAAACCACUUCCUUUUCUCUCUUAAUAUCCAUGGUAUCAGUUAAUUUUGAGGGUAUUAUUUUCCAUCCAACGCUUUUUCAAGGAGAAUGGAGCUUCAAGGAGAAAACGGUGACAGAAUCCCCUUAGAGAAUGGUAAAAGGACAGAAUUAGGGCGAGGCAAUGGCUCCCCCUUCAACGAUUUAACGGUUUCGAGGCAACAUGUCUCCAUGGAGCUUGAAGAGGACCGGAAAAAUGGAGAAACUAGGGUUUCUUUCCAAGUAUUGGGCAAGAAUGCAAUCUGUGUUAUCAGUUCUGGUAAUGGGUCUAAUGGUUCAAACCCUAGAAUUUACAGGAGAUAUGAGAAGGGGCACCUUAGAGUUGCGGCCAAGUUGUCAGUAUCUCUUAAAAACCCAUAUUUUUAUAGUUUGAAGAGAAUUGCAGUGCUUGAAACACAAAAAAAAGAAAAAGACGAAGAAGAAGUAGAGAGAGGGGUUAAGGAAGCAGUAUCUAGAAGAGAGAAGAGGACUUCGAAGAGGAAGAAAACGGCUCGUGAACAUGGAACUGAUAGGGGUGUUCUUGGUGAUAUUUCUGAAGAUGGGUUUGUUGGUGAAAAUGCAAAACUUGAAGAUUUGGGGCUGGACUCAUUUGAUGUUUCAUGCAUUGAUCUUGUCAAAGAAUUCGGCUUUUUGGUGGUGGGUCAUGAGUUCGACAACUAUGGAAAACAGAGGAUCCUCCACAUGAAGGACUGGGACCGGUUUAUUGAGGAACCUAGGGAAAAUAGUGAUGACGAAGCUGAUGACAAGAGGAUAGGCCAGAAAGGGGGAGGAAAGAGAAAAGGCAGAAAGACCAAUGACGAUGAGGACUGGACUGGUGAAAGUGAAAAUGAAAAGGAAUUAAUUGCAAAACUUAGAAGAUCGAAAUGA